UGUAGUUAACGACACCGACACCAACGCCAACACCGUUCUCGCCCUUUUCUUGAGUCCGUUUUCCAAUCUUCCUCUUUUCACCUCUAGGGUUUCGUUGAUCCCCCGUCUUCGGCGAUGGAGAACUCCACCGGAGCCGCUCCGACAAGCAUGGUGACGUGCGAGAAGCUCGACCGGAUGGCGAGCUGGGUCGGUGCAAGCGUGGCCUCGGCCUUCUUCGCGUCGCUGGAGCGUUGUUCCUGCAUCAACCUUAGCACCACAGACUUUGAGGAUGAAGAAGAUGAGGAAGCUAAGGAUCGCCCUCUCAUGCUCACCAAACCCAUCAUCCACGAUGCCCCUGACGAUGACGCCCCCAAGCCCCAGAAGCUUUCCGUUUGAUUCCCUCAUGGUAUUCCUCCUCCUCCCAGUCCGUAUCUUCAGAUCUUGCAUCGGUUUCUAGAUUUCCUAUGCGAAGCCUUUGAUCUGGGUUGUGGAUAUAGAUUGUGCGUCUUCUUUGUGUAAAUCUAAGUUUUUACUCCUUUAUUUAUGGUUUUUUAUUUCAUGAAUGGAUUGCUUUUGACCCGUUUUACUCUAAUUAAUAUUAUGGAAUAUGAUAGGUUUAUGAAUGGUGCUUUAA